AAAAGUACAUUUUGGAGCAACACACCUGAUCAUCAUGAAGUCGUUAUAUGCAUUAAUUGUUUUAUGUAUCUUUGCUGCGGUUAACACUGCUGCGUUCAUCCGUCCCAGUAACGGCCUUCGUGAAUGCCGUAAAAAUCAGACUUUAACAGCACUAGAGGUGCUACCAGGUGGAGGUUGGGAUAACCUGCGCAACAUAGACAUGGGACGGGUGAUGAACUUGAGCUAUUCUCAGUGCCAGACUACAGAAGAUGGUGUUUAUCUCAUUCCAGAUGAAGUCUUUGUCAUUCCACAGAAAAUAAGUGGAGUGGAAACUCACUCUGAGAUCAUCAUGUCAUGGCUGGAACACAAAAGCUCUACCUCAGGCUCCAUCAAUGGAGAUGUUUCCUUCCUUUCUGUGCUCAAUGGAAAAUUCUCAGAAGAAAAUCAGCGCAUGAAAACACACCAAGUGAAAGAGAGUUCGGUAACAUCACGAGUUCAGGUGCGUAACCAUCUGUAUACAGUGAAUGCAUAUCCUGGCUUCAAUCUGGACACACGCUUUGCUCACCAGGCUAAGGAAAUAGCAGACGCUAUUGAAAACAAUCAGACUCGUCAAGCAACAUAUCUGUCAGAGAAACUCAUACUUGAUUAUGGUACUCAUGUUAUCACAAGUGUUGAUGCGGGUGCCGUAUUGGUGCAGGAGGACUAUUUAAAAUCUACGUAUGUCUUUACCAGCGAGUCAGACAUGUCUUCUGUGUCUGCAUCUGCAGGCUUUAACUUUUUUAGCAAAGUUAAUUUUGAUUUCGGAAGCAAAGAAUCCCAGCAAACAUCUGAAACAGUCGCGUACCAGGAAAACAUCACAUAUUCUAUAGCUCAGAGCCAUGGAGGGGCUUUAUUUUAUCCAGGUAUCACUUUGCAGAAAUGGCAAGAGAGCACACUCAAUAAUCUGGUGGCUAUUGACCGCUCUGGUCUGCCACUGCACUAUUUUCUUAAUCCAACAAUGUUUCCAGACCUGCCAUUACCAACCGUGCAUAAACUUGCUUUAUCGGUCCAACAGGCUGCAGAGCGUUACUACAAUAUAAAUGUCAUUCCAGGAUGCAUAGAUAAAACAUCUGACAAUUUUAACUUUCAGGCCAAUGUGGAUGAUGCGUCUUGUAAAGGUCCAGUAACCAAUCUCACCUUUGGUGGGAUUUACCAAAAAUGCACUCCAUUGACUCCAGAUGGAAAUGUGAUCUGUGAUGAGCUAGCACAAAAAAAUCCAACCACUGGUGACUUUUCAUGCGACCGACAUUAUAACAUGUCCCUAUUACAUUCUGAGACAAUAGAACGUGGUUAUAAUACAUAUGACUGUCAUGAACAUUGUGCAUCAUGGUGUUUAUUUGACUGUUGUGAAACAACAUGUGGAAAUACCUAUCAUGUCCGGAGUGCACAAAUUGACAGCUACUGGUGUUCAACAAAUGAGGAAGUCCCUGAAUACUCUGGAUACCUAUUUGGAGGUCUGUUUGGACCCUCUAUACAAAACCCAUUGACCAAAUCACAUGGCUGCCCUCCGAAUUACUUUUCCCAAAGGUUGUUGCCUAAUGGCAUGAUGGUUUGUCUGAGCAAUGAGUAUGAGGAAGGAACACAAUAUUCUGUACCUUUCGGUGGCUUCUUCAGCUGCAGCUCUGGCAACCCUCUUGCAUCGGGUCAGUACCGCUGUCCACCACAGUUUAGCCAACAUCUUGCUGCCAUAAGCGAUGGAUGUCAGGUAUUGUACUGUGUAAUGUCUGGUGUAUUCACUGGUGGAGAGUUAAAGCCUGUUCAUCUACCUCCAUUUACAAGACCACCGCUAGUCAGCAUGAUGUCAACAAACACUGUAGCUGUAAUGACAGAAGGUGAUCAGGCCUGGGUAAGAAUCGGAGAAACUAAGACAUGGAGACCUGUAGGGCCGGAUGAAGUUCAUCAUAUAGUCAGAAUGUAUGAUGCGUCUUCUAACCAGAUGUCUGGAGGUAAAAAGGCAGGUAUAGUUUGUGGUGUAAUGACGCUGAUUGUUGUUUUGGUAUCAGGAGUUGUAUUUUUCAUGAAAAGGAGAAGGAAGUUUUCAUUUAGGGCUGGUAGAGGAUAUGAAGAAAUUCAUUGUGAAGGUGUAGUAGAGAGUCAACAGAUUGCAAAUGAAGACCCCACUCAAGAUCUCUUGGCAUAAAUGAUUGUAUAUAAUGGCCGAUUUACUCCUGUCCUAACUAAGCUUUGUUUUACUGAUUAUCACAAAUUGUGAUUUCUUUAAACUACAAAUAAUAAUCGCUAGUUAUAUUUUUAAUAGUAUUACAAUCAUUUGAAGACAUUAACAAGGUGAUGGGAAUUACAGUGAUGUAUAAUGUGUGGUUUUAGAAAAAACUGUAUUGUGAAUAACAUACAGUAUGUGACAUGGCAUAUCUUUAUUCUGUUUACAUUUUUUUUAUACAUUGUUUUUUAUGUGUGCAUGACUAUGGUUUUGUGAGGUUUCUGUUCAAAAACCAAGUAAAGCGAUUAUAAAGUCUAAUGACAUAAUUGUAUUUUGCCUUUGUAUUUGCAUUUGAUGUACAUUUGAUUUAUAAUGUUUUAAUAAAAAAACAACAAUGAUG